AUGGUAGUGACAGGUCGCAAAUUCAACGUGAACUUGGUGUGCUUGCCCUUGGAGGGAUUGGAUGUGAUAUUGGGGAUGGACUGGUUGUCUAACAAUCACAUCAUAAUUGAUUGUGGACUACGCAGUUUGGUAUUCCUAGAACAUGAAGGGUUGGAGUUGGUCUCAACUUGUGAGGCUGUGAAAACGCUGCAAGAAGGAGCCAUGUGUUUUAUGGUGAUGGCUAAACCAGAGAAGAAAGGUGCAGCGGAGAUGAUUCAGAAUAUUCAGGUGGUUAAUGAGUACGCAGAUGUGUUUCUGAAUGAAGUACCAGGAUUGCCACCGAGUCAGGAUGUUGACUUCACCAUUGACAUAAUUCCUGGUGCGGGUCCCGUGUCCAUGAAUCCAUAUCGAAUGGCACCUGUAAAAUUGGCAGAACUCAAGAAGCAAAUUAAAGAGUUUGUAGAGAAGAAGUACAUUCGGCCUAGUGCUUCAUAG